AAACAAAGAUGUGCUCUGAUUGGCUGAGGUUCAGCAGGGUUUGGGGAUAAAACAGCAGCUCGUACCUUCAGCACAUCAUCGUCAUCACCAUGGCCUUCCUCUGGAUCGUUUCCUGCCUCGCCUUCGUCAGCGCCGCCUACGGCUGCGGCACCCCUGCCAUUCCUCCCCAGGUGAGCGGCUACGCCCGCAUCGUCAACGGCGAGGAGGCAGUGCCUCACUCUUGGCCCUGGCAGGUGUCUCUGCAGCAAUCCAACGGCUUCCACUUCUGUGGAGGAUCUCUGAUCAACGAGAACUGGGUGGUGACCGCCGCUCACUGCAACGUCAGGACCUACCACCGUGUGAUCGCUGGAGAGCACAAUAAGGGCUACGGCUCCAAUGAGGACGUCCAGGUUCUGAAGCCUGCCAGGGUGUUCACCCACCCUAACUGGAACCCUCGCACCAUCAACAACGACAUCGCCCUCAUCAAGCUGUCCACUCCCGCUCGCCUGGGUACCAACGUGUCUCCUGUCUGCCUCGCCGAGUCCUCCGAUGUCUUUGCCGCCGGCAUGACCUGCGUCACCUCUGGCUGGGGUCUGACCCGCUACAACGCUCCCAGUACUCCCAACAACCUCCAGCAGGCCGCCCUGCCCCUGCUGUCCAAUGAGCAGUGCAAGAAACACUGGGGCAGCAACAUCUCCGGGGUCAUGAUCUGCGCUGGUGGAGCUGGAGCCACUUCCUGCAUGGGUGACUCUGGCGGUCCUCUGGUCUGUGAGAAGGACAACGCCUGGACUCUGGUUGGUAUUGUCUCCUGGGGAAGCAGCCGUUGCUCCACCUCCACUCCUGCCGUCUAUGCCCGUGUCACCGAGCUCCGUGGCUGGGUUGACCAGAUCCUCGCCGCCAACUAAGCGCUAAGAGGCUACGAUGUCACCACCGAGGGCAACCCACAACCCCCACCCCUAACCCUGCCCCCCUCAGAGUGUGUGGACAAUAGAUGACAAUAAAAACAAUGAACAUC